AAGGCAACAACUGCGAGGAAGGAGAAGUCAAGACGUCUGGAAAGAAUUACCCAGACCUGGCUCCGAGCAGCCCAUUGAACCAGGGACUUGAACCAGCCCCAGCCAAAGGCUUUUCUCCCGAUUCUGCGCUUCCUGGGUUCUGCUGAGUUUUCACCCGGAUUUUUUUUUUUUUUAUACGAAAAAGAGACUUUCCGUUAUCGGGGGAAGGGGGACUGGAGAAAAAAAAAAGUUAAUUUAUUUUUAAAACACAGACAAUUAUUUUAAAAAUUAGAAGACUGAAGUGCAACGAAAAAUAAAACAAAUCAUUAGUGAAAUUUCCCUUUAAAGAGGGGGAGAAUCAAACAUUGAAGACUCCCCCAUCCUUUUUAAAUGAUGUUUUUAAAUUUCUUAUUUUUUCUGGCCGGUCGUCUCAAAUUCAUCUGAUCUUUUAUUACCUCAAUUUUGGAAACUGCCCGCCACCGACCCUCUGGGACCACACAGACAGGCUGAGGACGGCUUUAUGACCGAGAGCUGAACAAGAUGCAUUGUGAGAGGUUUAUAUGCAUCCUGAGAAUAAUUGGAACCACACUUUUUGGAGUCUCUCUCCUCCUCGGAAUCACAGCUGCUUAUAUUGUUGGCUACCAGUUUAUCCAAACGGAUAAUUAUUAUUUCUCUUUUGGACUGUAUGGUGCCUUUCUAGCAUCACACCUCAUCAUCCAAAGCCUGUUUGCUUUUUUGGAGCAUCGAAAAAUGAAAAAAUCUUUAGAAACCCCCAUUAAGUUGAACAAAACAGUUGCUCUUUGCAUCGCUGCAUAUCAAGAAGACCCAGACUACUUAAGGAAAUGUUUGCAAUCUGUGAAAAGGCUAACCUAUCCUGGGAUUAAAGUUGUCAUGGUCAUAGACGGGAACUCGGAAGAUGACAUUUACAUGAUGGACAUCUUCAGUGAAGUCAUGGGCAGGGACAAAUCAGCCACUUACAUCUGGAAGAACAACUUCCACGAAAAGGGUCCUGGGGAGACGGACGAGUCACAUAAAGAAAGCUCUCAGCAUGUAACCCAAUUGGUCUUGUCCAACAAAAGUGUUUGCAUCAUGCAAAAAUGGGGUGGAAAGAGAGAAGUCAUGUACACAGCCUUCAGAGCCCUGGGACGAAGUGUGGAUUAUGUACAGGUUUGUGAUUCAGAUACCAUGCUUGACCCUGCCUCCUCUGUGGAGAUGGUAAAAGUUUUAGAAGAAGACCCCAUGGUUGGAGGUGUUGGGGGAGAUGUCCAGAUUUUAAACAAGUAUGAUUCCUGGAUCUCUUUCCUCAGCAGUGUGAGAUACUGGAUGGCUUUCAACAUAGAAAGGGCCUGUCAGUCUUAUUUUGGGUGUGUCCAGUGCAUUAGCGGACCUCUGGGGAUGUACAGGAACUCCUUGCUGCAUGAGUUUGUGGAAGAUUGGUAUAAUCAGGAAUUUAUGGGCAACCAAUGUAGUUUUGGUGAUGACAGGCAUCUAACGAACCGGGUGCUGAGUCUGGGCUAUGCCACAAAAUACACAGCUCGAUCCAAGUGCCUCACUGAAACACCUAUAGAAUAUCUCAGAUGGCUCAACCAGCAGACACGCUGGAGCAAGUCAUACUUCCGAGAGUGGCUGUACAAUGCCAUGUGGUUCCACAAACACCACUUGUGGAUGACCUAUGAAGCGGUUAUCACUGGAUUCUUCCCUUUCUUCCUCAUUGCUACAGUAAUCCAGCUCUUCUACCGAGGUAAAAUUUGGAACAUCCUACUCUUCCUGUUAACGGUCCAGCUAGUAGGUCUCAUCAAAUCAUCCUUUGCCAGCUGCCUUCGAGGAAAUAUCGUCAUGGUCUUCAUGUCUCUCUACUCGGUGUUAUACAUGUCCAGUUUACUGCCAGCCAAGAUGUUUGCCAUCGCAACCAUAAACAAAGCUGGGUGGGGCACAUCAGGAAGGAAGACCAUUGUGGUUAAUUUCAUAGGACUCAUCCCAGUGUCAGUUUGGUUUACAAUCCUCCUGGGGGGUGUAAUUUUCACCAUCUAUAAGGAAUCUAAAAAGCCAUUUUCGGAAUCCAAACAGACAGUCCUCAUUGUGGGAACGUUGCUGUAUGCAUGCUACUGGGUCAUGCUUUUGACGCUGUAUGUGGUUCUAAUCAAUAAGUGUGGCAGGCGGAAGAAAGCGCAACAAUACGACAUGGUGCUCGACGUAUGAUCCAACACAGUCUGACAUUUGCAGUCACAUACACCACCGUAGUUUCUGUAGGGGCCGUACAGUAUUGUGGCAUCAGUCAAUGCCACCAAAAGGAGACAUAUCACUGCUGCUGGGACUUGAACAAAGACAUUUCUAUGGGUUUAUUUUCAUUCUGCCAAAGUAAAACAUCAACAAGAAGAAUCUCAGAUUGAACCUGUUAUCUCUAUGAAAAUGGGAUAAAUUCUUUGUUUAUGCACUUUUUCUUUACUGUACGUCCGCCUGAAAGUGUUUUGUCCUAUAUACCUCACUAGCCGUGCUUUAUGUGGGUUACCAUGGAAGAAAAAGGUUUUGGAAACUCAAGGAAAUGUUCUUUCAACCUCUACAACCUAACUUAUGGACUGUUUUGAUAAUUGUUUCUUUUUUAGGGAGGAUUUUCUUUUUAACUUUACCAAAUGAAAUGCCAAAGGAAAUUUUAAAGGCCGUUGGCUGUGCUGUAUUUUGAUAUAAUUGUACUGUGUUUUUAAAUUUUGUAUGCCAAUUUUUUAAAAAAAAAUUUACAUAUUCUAUAUUUUACUUCUCUGCCAAAACACAGCUGUUCUUCCUUUUUUAAAAAAAUAAAAUAAGUUCUGAAAAAAUUAAUCCUUAUAAAACUUGCCCAAAAUGUGAAACUUGGUUGACUGAUGUUCACGAUAGAAAGAAUAAAAUGUGUCUCUCUCUCUACCUUUUAAAAUUGAAUAGUUUAUUUCUGUGAAGAAAAAUUAUUUAAACUUGUCAAUAGUUUAACUUUUGCUUUUAUUUCUGUUAGAAAAGGCCAAUACACCUGUCACACUUUGGGAGUAAAAAUACAUACUUUCAUGUGUACAAAAAAAAAAAAAAAACAUUGAAAAUCAAGGCCAAAAGGGAAGAAAAGUGCAAUUUUUUCAUAAGAUUAAAAACAAAAGGAAAUGUCAGUUCUUGAAAGACAAAAAGUAGGCACCCAGCACUGAAGAAGCCAUGAGGAUGAAAACAAAAAGGAAUAAUCUUUGGAGGUUCUGACCGUGUUUCCCCAGGCCAAGAAAGAAAGCAAAAAAAUUUUCUGUAUAAUUGGACAAGUCUCAUGCUAUUCAUCAAACAUUUUUUUCUGUGGCCGGAAUUUACCAGAUCCUAUCUAGAUAUUGAACACAUUUCACCCGUCUUAUUUUUCAGCUUGCCAUUUCACUUUACGUGUUGAAUGAUGUUUACACAGGUGAGUUGAAAAAAAUUCUAAGUAUAAAAUAUACAGAUUCAAAAUUGGCAGAUUUAGUCUGAAAAUGUCCUCUUUUACUUUCUAGGGAGGGAGGAUUUUUUUUUUCUGAAUUAUGCAGAUCAUGGCUUCAUCUAUUCUGUUCUUGGCCUAUACAAAAUCGUCUACACAGUGGAAAUAAGACGUCCAUUGAGACUCCAUAAGUUUAUCGAGAAUUGGCACAUAUAAAAAUAGACGCUCCAGGGACUCUGAACUUAGCUAAUUUAGUUACUACAGGGCCUCAGGCAUCCGGUUUGACUUUGUACACAAUCGAUGUUGCCUUGUAGCUGGUGCUGUGUAGACAUGUGUUAAAAACACGAUCGAAAUAGAGGAAGAAUGGAAUAAACAGCGUUGAGGUGAAGCAACAGCCUGCAGAAGUGUUGAACGUGUUUCCCGCCUUUCUGCUUUUGCGUGUAGUCAUCUGUGUUACAUCGAUCCUAAGAAAAAAGCUGCACAUUCUACCUUCAGAAUACAAAAAGGUCUAGAACAUUCUGAAACUCAAACACACCAUGCCAAUAAAUGAAACUAAAACUUGAGUUUGCCUUUUUAACUAUUUAUGUUCUAAGUUAAGCUUUGAUAACAUUCAAAUGUCAAAUCCUCUCAUUCUUAUAAAAAGUUGAAUUAAUUGCCUGUAUUUAUUUUAGCAAUUAUUCCAUGUAUUUCCAGUAUAGGAUGUAUAGUAUAAUUAAUUUUUUUGUAAAUAAAAUAUUUUUGAUAAGA